GCCGCGAGGGCGGGGGGGGGGCGGGGCCGGACGCAAGCGGCUGUGCUGCCCUCGCUGCGCUGCAGCGUGUUCUCCCGCUUCGGUGCUGGCCGGCUCUGGUCGCAGCUGAGCGUGGGUAGGAGGACUUGCGGAGCCACCGGCGCCGGGAGAAGCCCUGUGGGAGGCUAUGUUCCUCUAACCAAAGGAGAAGGGACCGUGGCGAGGAUGUCGGCCCUCAACUGGAAGCCCUUCGUGUACGGAGGGCUGGCCUCCAUCACGGCCGAAUGUGGUACUUUUCCAAUUGAUUUAACCAAGACACGGCUCCAGAUUCAAGGCCAGACAAAUGACGCAAACUUUAGAGAAAUCCGGUAUCGAGGAAUGUUGCACGCCUUAGUGCGGAUAGGCAGAGAAGAAGGGCUGAGAGCCCUGUAUUCAGGGAUUGCCCCUGCGAUGUUACGCCAGGCUUCCUAUGGCACCAUCAAGAUAGGCACUUACCAGAGCUUGAAGCGACUGUUUGUUGAACACCCAGAAGAUGAAACUCUACUGAUAAAUGUGGUGUGUGGAAUUCUCUCUGGAGUCAUAUCCUCAACCAUCGCUAAUCCAACGGAUGUUUUGAAAAUACGGAUGCAAGCCCAGAGCAGCACCAUUCAAGGGGGAAUGAUAGGCAACUUCAUUAACAUUUACCAGCAGGAGGGAGCGAGAGGAUUGUGGAAGGGCGUGUCCCUUACCGCGCAGAGGGCUGCCAUCGUUGUCGGUGUGGAGCUCCCGGUCUAUGACCUCGCCAAGAAGCACCUGAUUUUCUCGGGCCUGAUGGGAGACACUGUGUAUACCCACCUCCUCUCAAGCUUCACCUGUGGUCUGGCCGGGGCCCUGGCCUCAAACCCUGUGGAUGUUGUGAGAACACGUAUGAUGAAUCAGAGAGUCCUUCGAGACGGCAGGUGCUCGGGCUACAAGGGUACCCUGGACUGCUUGUUCCAGACAUGGAAGAAUGAAGGGUUUUUUGCUCUGUAUAAAGGGUUUUGGCCGAAUUGGUUGAGACUUGGUCCUUGGAAUAUCAUUUUUUUUGUGACCUAUGAGCAGUUGAAGAAAUUGGAUUUGUGACAAGUCCAGGCUGCACGAGACAGCGCUCUGAAAACGCCUGCUUGCGAAACAAUCAAGCUUCCUGUGUUUCACGCUGCUUCUCACUGCUUGGCUCGUCACAGAUUCUGAAGCGUGCGUGAGCAACAGCCGAAGACGGGGUUAGUGCACAUUGCUGUGUGUUGGCAAUGGAUGCUCUGCAUCAAAUGUUUAAUGCCACAAACUGACAUGCAAACACUGGUCCUUACCACGGAAGUGCCCUUGGACAUCAAAGACGGCAUGCAAAGUGCGAGUUUCUUGCUAAAGAAAACUUGCAAGAAGAUCAGGAACUGUGAAUUGUUUUCUCCAGGGGACGGUAGCACCUGUUGCCCUCCAGCGAACAGCUGAGAAUAGCAGAGUGCUCUAGGGAAGCUCGCAGGAACCACGGAAUGGAGCCUCCAAGAGGGUAUUACUGUUCCUGAACUUCUGGGGACGUUUGCUUCUUGUCGGCUGAAGACAUUUCACGCGUGGAGACCUGGCCCUUUCAAUUCCAGGUGUAAACAGUGCAGGAAAUAGAUCUCUGGAAUAUUGCACUGCUUUAUAAUUUCCUAUUUUGGCAGGAUCUUUCACUUACAAUAAGUGAUUUUAAGCCUUUGAAGGCUUGACCUUUGUGAGGAAUUGUUACAAAGUAUUAAUAUCUAAAUCCAUGAUGGUGUGAUACCUUGGCUUUGAGACUGGCAAGGUUGCUGCUGACGGGAGGGGUUUUUAGCCGCGUGGGUUUGGUCUCAGGUAAUGUUGGUAAUUUGCUCUGAUUUUUAGCCCAGUUUUAUUAUUUCUAGUCUGUAAAAUGGAGAUAUGACAUCUGUUGUCGAGGCUCAAAUGAAGAAAAUAGUAGUGGCUAUCACUUGACUUGAGGGUCAGUGUGUUUACAUCAGUCACGCUGUCACCUGGCUCGAAUCCCAGCAUCCACAGUUGGGUGCAAGGAAGAGAGUCGUUCUCACUGGAACCCCCAACAAAGCCUGUUGUUAGAGUCCUUGGGAAAAGAAAGAGCACAGUGUAAGUUACAGUUUUAUUACGUUUUCCUUAGCAAGAUGUUGCGAGUGAAUUGAAGAAUUGAUUUUUCCGGAUUUCCCAGGUUGUCCUUCAGUUCAGGUGAUGUCUGUUCAGAUACUUCCUGUCUUGGGCUUCCUGAUUGGUUUGGAUGGAAAACACUUGCUUGGCAUUUUAAAAAAACACUUUCUUUAGUGCCGCACCUGUUUUCUGGUUUCUGAAAGAGGUCCAUAGUGUCUCCCUUUCUUUUUCCAAAGACAACAAAAAUCAUUCUCCCUUCUCUUUCUCCUUCAUCUUGUUCCUUUGAAAAUAAAAAGUGACUCCGAGAGCCCUAAGACCUUUAUACACUUCUCGCGGGCUGCCCCAGGGCAGGGGACAUACUUACUCGGGUACCUUCAGUUCUAGCCUUUGAGAACAUUAAAUACACACUCACUGGGGCUCCCGGGCAGACCCUCCUGCGGGGGCUUGUGCUCAGCCGGUGCCUGGUGUGUCCGGCCACCUCCCUUGAAGCAGAAAAGAAGGAACCCCGGUUUUUCUUAUGGCCUGGGCAGUUUUCCUGCCAGUCCCUUCCACUUUGCCUUCUUUAUUAAUGUUUACUUGGAGAAACAUUUUGUGAGGCAGAAUUGCAGUUCCAAACCAGGGACAAAGUCGUUAAAGAGAGAGAGGAAGAGGCGGUGGCGUGGCAUGUAGGGGCUAACGGGUUAAAGACGUAGCUGAAAGUCUGGCUCCCCUGGCCCAAUCCGGAUGGGACUCUGCAGAGCUGAGCUCACUCGGCUCCCACUCCUGGUACUGAACCGUAUGUUUAGACGGAGAUCUUCUUCUCUCUUACCAAGACAUUCCAUUGAUGUGGUAAGGGCUUUCUCUGGAAAGGCUUUCACUUUUGAGUUCUGUGAGUUUAAAGGAUUACUUUUGAAGAGUCACUUUUUUUUUUUCCUAACGAAGAAAACAUACAUUUUUAAGUGUACAUAUAAUUUCUAAAACAGGAGAAGCAAAUCCUUUGGAAGACCGGAAAGAGUCAACGUCCUGCAACGUUCAUUAUGUCAAUUUAUUCAAAUUAUGCAUAUGUUCUUACCAGGAUGAGAAGAAACCCAAAGCUCACCGUAACACCUGAGCACGUUUUUGAGGCAAAAAUAGAGUAUUUCUCCAGUGUAGCUUUAUUAAACACAUUAUACAGAACAGGAUCUUAACCUGUUUUGGUUUUUCUGUUUCUUGAAAGAGUUCACGCAGUUGCCACGCUCUUGACCAAGAAAGAACUUAGGGACUUGAAGACUCGGUUCCCUUAUUUUCAGGGGUGUGGCUACAAGUCCCCCCACCUCCUCGGAUAUUGCUUAAAUGUGGCAAAAGGAUUUUUAGCUUUUAUAACUAAAAUGAAGAUAACGGAUUUUUUUUUUUGUUUGCUUGUGGAUUUGUGUCAUCACUGAUGCUAAAUGUUGCUGAUCUGUGAUCUAAAAAUGGCCCCUGUUCAUAUUUAUUCAUGAGCUAGAAAUAGUAUGUAUUAUAUAAAAACUAUACAUUUUCAUAAGCCUUUAUAUUUCAGGCUCUUUAUUUAAACAUUGUUGGAAUAUGUGGCAUAAACCUUGUUUCAUUAUUUAAUAAACUGGACUAAUACAUAAUAAUCCAAA